AUGGCAGUGACAUGGUUCACGGGUAUUGGAAUCGGCAUUGCCUUAUCAUGCUUGGUAUAUCAAUAUAUCAUAUACCCGGCGUUUUUGUCACCGCUGGCAAAGAUUCCGAAUGCUCAUUUUACGGCUCCUAUUUCUCCAGCCUGGAUUAUUUGGAAACGCUACAGGGAGCAAAAUAACCGGACCAUCCAUGCAGCACAUACAAAAUUGGGCCCAAUUGUGAGAUUGGGGCCGUCGGAAAUCUCCGUCAACUGCGUGGAGGGCGGAAUCAAGACUGUGUAUAGCGGCGGUUUUGAGAAGCAUGACUGGUAUCCGAGGGUGUUUGGCGCGCUCAACACAUUCAGUAUGUUCACCAUGACCGGAAGCAAAGAGCAUGCUACUCGGAAACGGAUGCUGUCCAAUAUAUACUCCAAGUCAUACCUCCAGUCGUCACCAAAUCUAAAGCGCAUCUCCAAGACGGUGAUCCAUGACAGGUUCUUGCCGAUUUUAGCAGAGGCCGCGUCUUCAAAACAGUCGAUUGAUGUUCAUGAGCUCAACUCGUCAUUGACAAUGGACUUUGUUUCCGCCUACCUGUAUGGCCUGCGAAAUGCGAGCAACUUGCUCCAAGACGUCCCGUUCCGGAAGCAUAUCCUCCAUAACUAUCAAUGCAGAAAGCCGUUUGAGUUUUACUACCAAGAAGUUCCCAGUCUUAUCCCCCUUAGCCAAGCCAUUGGAAUACCUGUCAUCCCAAAGUGGUGUCAAGAUGCAGGCAAUGUAAUGGAUGAAUGGAAUUUGGAUCUCUGUGACAAAGCUAAUAAAUCUGUUGCUUCGACGGAUCCUGAGAUUGAGCCUACCGCGUACAAGCAGCUCAAAAACUCAAUGAUGAAGCAUCUUCACUUGCAAAAGGAAGAUCCAGAGGCCAAUUCCCAAGCCUACGAGCAACAAAGAAUUGACAUUGCUUGUGAGAUGUACGACCAACUCACCGCGGGGCACGAGACGAGUGCAGUCGGACUUACUUAUCUCUACUGGGAGCUUUCCAAACAUCCUGAAAUCCAAAACGACUUGCGCAAAGAGCUGCAAACGCUCUCCCCUCCGAUCACGAGUCCUCCAGCAUCGGAAUCUGAGCUGGUGCUUCCGAGCGCCAAAGACAUUGAUGCACUGCCUCUUUUGCAGGGUAUUAUCAUGGAGACACUUCGCCUUCAUGCCCCGAUUCCAGGCAUACAGCCACGAGUUACUCCUUCACCGCCAACAUCACUAGCCAAUUACGACAAUAUCCCGCCAAACGUGAGAGUCAAUGCGCAGGCAUACUCUCUUCACCGGAAUCCGGAUGUCUUCCCUGAUCCGGAGAGUUGGGAGCCACGGCGAUGGCUCAAGGAUGGCCAUUCUCCUGAGAUGGAGGAAAUGCGGAGAUGGUUCUGGGCUUUUGGUAGUGGUGGACGGAUAGCCAUUGCACGCUCUUCAGCAGCUUCUCAAUUGACAACACUAGCCAAAUCUUUCUCAAAAAUGUCCGAUAAAGAUGCGGGGACACCCCGCGUUUACAUUGCACGCCACGGCGAAACUGAAUGGACAAAAUCCGGCCAAUACACCGGCAUCACCGAACUCGACCUGACCGCACAGGGCGUUACACAAGUCCAGGGCACAGGCAACAUCCUCGUCGGCGCAGGCAAGGCGAUCGACCCCUCUAACAUUGCACAGGUCUUUAUCAGUCCGAGGAAAAGAGCGCAGACUACUUUUGAGCUGCUCUUCUCGUCGCAACUGGAUUCAUCGAGGGUUUCGACUACGGAGCGAUUGGCCGAGUGGGAUUAUGGACAAUAUGAGGGUAUGGUUACGAGCCAGAUUCGCGCGUUGAGAAAGGAACACGGCUUGGAUGGAGAGAGACCUUGGGAUAUUUGGAGGGAUGGAUGCGAGGAUGGAGAGUCGGCACAGCAGGUAACAGACCGACUGGAUGAUCUGGUCAAGGAAAUCAAAUCCAUUCAACAAAACCACAUGCACGGCGAGCCCGGACCAGCGGAUGUCGUCCUGGUGGCCCAUGGCCAUCUGCUGAGAGCUUUUGUCAAGCGAUGGCUGGGGUAUCCCAUGGAGUUCCCGUUGUCGUUGAUGCUUCCACCUGGCGGGAUUGGUGUUCUCAGCUACCAACAUCAUAGCAUCAAUGAACCGGCGCUCUAUGCCGGCAUGGCGUUUCCGUAA